AUGAUUUCUUCUUUAAACAAACAUGUCUUCUUUCAAAUGAUCAUACUGCAUCCCUUUAAACAAACAGUUCUUCUUUCAAAUGAUCAUACUGCAUCCCCUUCAAAACAAACAGUUCUUCUUUCAAAUGAUUAUACUGCAUCCCCUUUAAAACAAACAGUUCUUCUUUCAAAUGAUCAUACUCAUCCCUUUAAAACAGUUCCUUUUAAAAUCCCCUUUAAAAACAUUCUUCUUUCAAAUGAUUAUACUGCAUCCCCUUUAAAACAAACAGUUCUUCUUUCAAAUGAUCAUACUGCAUCCCCUUUAAAACAAACAGUUCUUCUUUCAAAUGAUCAUACUGCAUCCCCUUUAAAACAAACAGUUCUUCUUUCAAAUGAUCAUACUGCAUCCCCUUUAAAACAAACAGUUCUUCUUUCAAAUAAUCAUACUGCAUCCCCUUUAAAGCAAUCAGUUCUUCUUUCAAAUGAUUAUGCUGCAUCCCCUUUAAAACAAACAGUUCUUCUUUCAAAUGAUCAUACUGCAUCCCCUUUAAAACAAACAGUUCUUCUUUCAAAUGAUCAUACUGCAUCCCCUUUAAAACAAACAGUUCUUCUUUCAAAUGAUUACGCUGCAUCCUUUAAAACAAACAGUUCUUCUUUCAAAAUGAUCAUAUGCAUCCCCUUUAAAACAAACAUUCUUCUUUCAAAUGAUCAUACUCCAUCCGCUUUAAAACAAACAGUUCUUCUUUCAAAUGAUCAUACUGCAUCCCCUUUAAAACAAACAGUUCUUCUUUCAAAUGAUCAUACCGCAUCCGCUUUAAAGCAAACAGUUCUUCUUUCAAAUGAUCAUACUGCAUCCCCUUUAAAGCAAUCAGUUCUUCUUUCAAAUGAUCAUACUGCAUCCCCUUUAAAACAAACAGUUCUUCUUUCAAAUGAUUAUGUUGCAUCCCCUUUAAAACAAACACUUCUUCUUUCAAAUGAUCAUCCAUCCCUUUAUAGCAAUCAGUUCUUCUUUCAAAUUAUCAUACUGCAUCCUCUUUAA